GAAUCUACCGUUUGCUUCGUAUGUUUGUAUAUGCUAUCGAACAGUCUGCUCGUACGUACGAGCGAGGCAAGAGCGGAGCGUUUAUCUCAUCGCCAGUUGCAUCAAAAUUCCUUGUUGCAAUUGCCUAUUUUUUGUUUUUUUUCCCCUCAAUUGUUAAUAUUAUGCUGACCGGUAUUCAAUGUUGAGCAUAGUUAUUCGCUUGCCGCUCGUCACUCGUGUUUAAUCAAUAUAUCGAGCGGAUCAGGACGACGAUGUUGACGUCGUCGUCUGUAGAUUUUUGCAGUAAUCGCUCCGUUCCAUUUUCUCCUUGGUGAACCGUUUUUUUUUAAAUAUCGAACAAUUUUCAGUGUCCCUUUUGUCCAAACAAAUUAAUUUUAUGCGUGCAUGUGCGGCAGUGAGAAAAUACACAAGUGCCACGAUAUUCAGUUAUUUAAAUCGCUAUUAUGCAGGACUCUGAUAAUACCUCCGGUUCGGUACUUCUCAAUACUUUUAUCAUAAAGAAAAAAAGAUGCAGAGUAUACUUCCAUCGUGGUACACUUAUUUGGGAAACCGAGAGACCGCCGUACACAAGAUGGACUUUACCCCUGACUGACGUCCUCUCAGUCCAUUACGGAGAUGAUUGGAUACCCGCGACGAAAAUCACUCACCAAGACAAAGAAUGUCCGUCGUCUCCAGCUUCACCGUCCAUCAAUGCGACUUCGUCGACCAGUUUCGUUCUUCACUACGCAGCUCGAGGUGCAAAAAACAAAUGGAGCCAUCACAGUGUCACCAUGAGCCACACGGACUCGAGGCAGAUAGCGUCGUGGGUCAAAACCAUCAAAAAUUAUCUUCACGGCCUAACCAAUCGACCUCGAAAAAUCAUGUUCUUCGUCAACCCUUUCGGAGGCAAAAAGAAAGGCACGAAGAUCUGGGAAAAACAAGUUCAGCCGUUGAUGCACAUCGCUGGCGUCGAAACGAAGAUGGUCAUGACCGAACGUGCCGGACACAUUCGAGACACUUUGCUCUCUUCGAACUUGGACGACGUUCAUGCAAUCGUGUGUGUCGGAGGGGACGGUACAUUUUCCGAAGUAUUCAACGGCCUCGUGCUUCGUGCAGCGAAGGAUCAUCACGUCGACCCGAACGACAGCGAAGCUAAUUUUCCAGCGCCGAAGUUGCCGGUUGGUGUCAUACCGGGCGGUAGCACGGACACGGUCGCUUACAGUCUUCACGGUACAACUGACGUUGUGACAGCGGCGAUACACAUUAUAUUUGGCGACACAGCCGGUCUCGACUUGUCCUCGGUUCACGCUAAUGACACUCUAUUAAGGUUCUACGCGAGCGUACUGAGCUACGGUUAUCUCGGGGAUGUCAUACGAGACAGUGAAAAAUUUCGGUGGAUGGGACCGCAGCGGUACGAUUAUUCGGGCUUCAAAAAAAUCAUCGCGAACAAGGGCUACGAAGGUGAAAUCGAACUGCUGUCGGACCCCUGUCACCCGGCCGCGAGCACUAAAUGCAUGAAAAACUGCAACCGCUGCGUUCAGCACAUGCACAAAGUCGUGCCGGACAAAGAAAUCUCCAGAUGGCUCACCGUACGCGGCAAAUUUUUCAUGGUCAAUGGAGCAAACGUUUCGUGCGCUUGUACAAGGAGCCCUCAAGGCUUCAGCCCCCAUUGCCACAUCGGUGACGGCUGCGUGGACGUUAUUUUAGUUCGUCACACAUCCUUGUUCAAUAACAUCAGGAUGCUUUUGCGACUCGGCAGCAAACAGAAGAAUGUGUACGAUUUACCGUUCGUUGAAGUCUACAGAGCGAGAGAAUUCACAUUCCGAGCACUGCCCUCCACUCCAUCCUUCGAUACUAUUUCAACUGCUCAUAUGAACUCGGCGAUGAGUGUUUGGAAUUGUGACGGCGAGGUCAUUCAGGAUUCUAAUGUUAAAAUCAGGGUACACUGCCAACUGCUUAAAGUCUACACAAGGCGGAUCCAAGAACCGAUUGAAGAAUCGAGCUGUUUUUGCUUUUUGUCGUGAGCUUGAUUCCAAAGAAGGAAAAAAAUGGAUCAAGACAGUGCGAUCCUGUGUUCAUCGCCGCCGGAAUUCGCAGGUGCAUUUCUCGUCGUCGUGCAGCUACAGAAAAGUUAUUUUUUCGGUAGUUCCUUCGGUGUAUUUGCCACACGCUUUUUUCGUUUCGACACGUGCUAAAAAGUUGAAAUCUCGCAUAAUACGAAUCAAUCGGGAGCUAUUCGAUUGACUAAUCGCCGAAGUAUUUAACGGAACUUUAGCAUUUGUUUAGAUUACUAGCUCGUAAGUGGAAGACAAAUUCGCAGGAAUGCUCGAAGCGAAAAAAAAAGUUAUUCCUGGUCCUGGGACGGAUAUUAUCAACUUAAUACCUUCGAGUUACUUUUUAUUUAUCACUUCCAACUGCUUGGAUUAUUCGACGACUAUUGUAAGAUUUUUUGUGUUCGACGCAAAAGAAACUUAUGUGGUGCGGUAAAAAAAAAUUCAAGCGUUAAAAUAGCAAAUUUGAGUGAAUUUUUUAGCUCAUCGUAAUGUAGUACAAGACGAGUAUGACAGACGGUUUCGAAGGAUAACCAAGCAGCUAUUUCUUGUCUCAAAAAACUCAUUUCCGUCCCAGGAUUCCAGAAAACUGUGGUACUUAAAGAGAAAAUAGAAAGAUAUUCCAUCGUGUGUCUUGCACGACGUAUAAUUUUCCAAAAUUGCUCAUACUGAGAGUAUUGUGGACAAAUUUUAGGUCCUGACUUGAGCCCGAGAGCAUUUUAUUGACACUGCAGAGUAAUUAGUUGAAGUAACGAAAAUGAAUACGUUCAAUUAUUAAGAUAAUUAGUGCUUAGUUGUUCUCCCAACGAGUUCUAAUGUAUUUUGAGGUUGAAAAACAAAAUGACGUUGAAAACAAAAGAAAUAACGAAAGCGAACAUUGAUCGACAUAUUUUGUUUCAAGCAUAAUCGUUCUUUCAAAUAUUUUUUGUAACUGCUCAAGUUCGUGUCGUUGCAUUUAUGAAAAAAUUCAAUUGACUUCGCUUUUGACGAAACAUAAGAUAAUUUAACGAUAAGACUAUUGAAGCAAUUAAAAAAAAGUAAUUGAAAGUUUUAUAUUAAUCGAUAAACAAGAGCAUAUCGUCCUCGAUUCUUCUUUAUUUUAUACAAGUAAACAAAAGUAUUGGAAAUCAAGUAUUUCAAUGAUUAAACGACCGGCAGCGUGCGUUUGUGUAAAGGUUACCGUGAUAAUGAUGGAAAGUGCUUAGAAGGUAUCGAAUUGAGAUAAAAUUCAAUGAAAAACAAAAUGAAAACUACUAGAGGCUCGUGAAACAGUAAAUUGUGUUAUACUUAGCAUAGAAUAUUUGAAUCUAUACUUUUUUCAAUUGUACUUAGCAGAAUGAGCAUUUAGUUGAAAAUUUGAAGGAUGAGAUGUUAUUUAAUUCACUUGUUUGACGGAAUUGUUCUUGCAUUUCGAAUUUUAAAAAAGUUCAUGAAAUCAUUUUUUUUAAGCUUCCAUUAUUUUACUUGAAAGCAUAAGCUUCGAAAGAACCGAGUUUAAAAAAAAAUUUUUUGUUUCAUUAUCUUCAUACAUCUUCGUGCAUAUUUUUUCAUCCUGACAUAUCUAACAACUUACAAAACUGUACAACAACUAGAUAGCUCGACCGCGAGACAGUCUUUUGAUAAACAUAAUAGGGUCAAAUUCCUAUGAAAGCUUUAUAGGGAGUCGCUGAUAUCACGUUCAUUGUACACAGGCUGUAUUCGCAAAAAAGACUCUUAGAGCAUAAUAAUUGAGAAACUAUUAAAAUUAAUGCACAAAAUGAUUAUUGAUGACGUUAACAGCUAUGAAACAUCAUACAGAAAAUUUUCAUUCCAAAUUUGGUUACUCUCAAGUUUUUAAAACGUGUUUUUUGCUGUUGUGUGUUUUUUUAAAAAAUCAUUUUUACUCAGCAUGAUUUGGAAAAACAACCGCCAAAAUACUCGAUGGAAAUCCUCAUUCUGGAUAAAGUUGAAACUCAUCGAUGAAAGUCAAAUUUUAUUUUGAAUUUCUCUUUUAUUUACACAUACAUACACACACAACAGCAGCUACCGCUACUACUUUCCAAAACAAAAAUUGACUUACUCUGAAUUCCCUACACAAAAGGGAUUUAAAUGUGAGUUGAAAAUUCUGCGUAGAAUGCCUCACAUCUGUUAAUUGUUAUCGAUAUUGUUAUGUGUGCACCCAGAGUGAGAUAUUUAUUUUCAAAAUGUAUAGAAAAGGAUCCAAUCGAUUAUGGAGCUACACGUUUUUGUUCGAUUUUUAUAUUUCACACGACGAGUGACCUUGAGUGAAUUUGUACAGCUUUCUUGAUUAUAAAUAUUAUAAUUGUUAUAAUUGUAUUUAAUUUUAUUUAAAAUGUAGAAAUGGAACUGAAAUGGUGACGAAUUAUUAAUAUGCGGAUGUGAUCAUAUUUUGAAAAAUUGAUAAAUUGUUAAUUUAAAUCUAUUGGAAAUUUGUUGCUUUUUAGUAGCCUCGUUAUAAGAUCUUAUAUAUCUCACUCCAUUGAAAACAAUGAUAUUAGUAGUAACGAUAAUAAUAUUAAUAAUAAUCUAUAAAUAUUAUAUUUUACUUACGGAAUCAAGGAAAUGGGCGAAUCAUUGUGAUAAUUAAUACGAAUGACAUUGUAUGUAAUUGUAUACUGUCUUUCGGUGGCUUGGGGGAAUAAUAUGGAAGUUUGACCGUGAACAAGUGCAAAAAAUUCAUCGCAAAAUAAAAUGUGCAAAACUUCAUUUCUACAUUAA